CGAACGCCAGGGACGCUACCUCGCCACGGCUGCAGAUUGCCUGGGGAGUUACUUCGUAACCUCGGUACCAAUCAUACGUGCUCUAAAUAUAUAUAUUUUUUAGGGGGGACAGGCAUGAACCACACAUCUCCGAGGGACCGCGACCUUCACUUCCCCAGCAGGAAUUGACCUCGGUUCGCGAAGCCAUGUUGACCCGGAGAGAGGUCGUCAUCGAGAAGCCCUUCCAAGAUCGGCGUUAUAAUGACCACAGGCGAAAGGUCCAGAGCGCCCUCCCGCGGAUAGAUGCAGGUCCUCCUCGAGAAUACCCGCACCUGAUCCUCAAACUGAAGAAGCUGCGACUCGAGAAGGACCGUCAAGGGAAGAUCUGCGAGGACAACAUAAAGCUGGUUCACCGCAUGGCCAUCAUCAUGAGGACCAAGAGACUCGACAACAUAAAUACGGCGCCGAGAGGGUGA